GGGGGGGGGGGUAAGCCUGCGUGAGUCGCACUCUGCUUGGACAUGACUGGACAUGAUGGCUGCCAUGGAUGGUCGUUCGGUCAUUCAUUGUUCAUCAUUGUUCAUUCGUUCUCCCGUUUGGUCCCUCCAUCCGUCCAUCCAUGGCACUUUUGCCCAAUCGUUCGUUGCCGAAUUCGGACACCGACAUUCUCUCGAAACCACAACCACCACAACCACCAUUCACACCUGCCAUACCCACGGACAGCCACAGCCAACGGCCACACCACCACACCACCACUCUACCACACCACCACUCCUCAACUAUGGCGGCGUCCAACGCGGUGACGGUCAAAGUCCACUUUGUGGACGGUGAGUAUGAGAACUUGCAGGUGACAGAGGACAUCACGGCGGGGCAGCUGCGGGACUUGUUUGCUAUCAAGAUCGGAAUGCGACCGGCUGAUGAGGCAGAGAUGGGGCCCGAGUUUCGCGGGCCCGAGUGCUUCUCCAUCUGGGUCUGCGGCGACGACGUCGAGCUCGAGCUCUCAGACGAGGAUCGGCCGUUUGAGUUCAUGUCGGGGUGGAAGAACCUGAUGCGGCAGUACUCGAACGUGCUUGAUGAGCCGUGGUACCGCGCCAAGCAGGCCAAGCGGAAGAAGGGCAAGAUCAAGGAGCCGCCGUGCAAGAUCUUCUUCCGCACUACCGCCCUCCUCGCCAAGCCGUACGAGCGCAAGUUCCCGUCGCCGGGCAACCCUUGGCACCCGGCGGUUGUCGACACGCUGUGGAAGCAGGCGCAUCAGUGGAUGCUCAACGCGUACUACCCCGAGGCCAAGGCCGACGAUGCCGUCGAGCUCGCCGCCCUGUACAUGCAGAUCAAGUUUGGCGACUACAACCCCAAGCUGCACAAGGUCAACUUUGUGCCGAUGAAGAAGCUCAUAGCCCCGCGGUUGGCCAAGAAGAAGAAGGACAAAGAGUGGUUCAAGCUUGUUCAGCCCAAGCACGCCGAGCUCGCCGGCAAGGACAAGCUCAUCUGCCAGCUUCUUUACCUCCAGCGGGUGCGCCAGUUCAAGACCCACAACGCCACCAUGUUCGAGGCCGUCUACAACUACGACCGCGAGUCCAUGUUUGAGCACCCGUUCGAGUCCGGCGUCGUCCUCGGUGUCAACGCCGACGGCCUGUUCAUGGUCGACCUGCUCAAGAUGAAGUACCUGUACUUCUACCACUGGUCGCAAGUCAAGGACUGGGAGUUUACCCAGGAGUCGUUCUCGUGCGUCCUCACCGAGUCGGAGCCAGGCGAAGACGGCACCUACGAAGACAAAACCCACGUGUUUUUCACUUACCAGGGCGAGCUCCUCGUCGAGCUCAUCGAAGCCGCCCUCGAUGACCUCGACGCCGAGGCCGAGCGCGUCGAGCGGACUGCCAAGGCCCAGCAGAAGGAGCGCGAGAAGCAGAAGUGGGACACCAUCAAGCGAGGCAAUCGUCGCUCGCAGCUUGAGGCCGCCGCCGACGACAUCCCCGAAUUGUAGCAGCAUUGCACAAACCCGCUGCACCAGCA